AUGUUGAUGAACAGCCGCGAGAAGUCCACCGCCACACAGUUGAAAUCCAGCACCUUUUGGCUAUUAUUCAUAUCACUAGCCUGUAACGCACUCUGGGUGCAGCUCGUCAGCGGAUUGUACAAGGCUGUAUGUUGGCAGAAUUUUUUGGAUCAUGCAGACUUCUGCCAUUUCGCUACUGCAGGCAUACGCGUCAGAAAUUUCAUCAGUAGCGAUCUGUUCCUCUCGAUGGUCGGAUCGAUGGCAUCGGUGUUCAAUGCGGGCAGCCGGAUUGUGUGGGGUGUAGCCGCUGACAAAUCUGUAGCUGGUAUACUGGCAGGAUUACUGUCACAGUUUAUUCUGCCACUUGUCGGAUUCGAUAUUCUCUUCCUUAUCGCGGGUUGUUUUAUGGCAAUUUCACUUAUAAUCACUACAUGUAUUCAUUUUACCAUCGCGAAACCGCCACAGCCUGUUUCUCGAUAUCUUUCUGACGAGGAAUGA